UCUGCGGGACCCGGUGACGUGAAGAGGAGCGCAGCAGACCUUUCCAGCACUGUGUGAGUGUGUGUGCGUCUCCUGCUGCUCUCUUACCAAAAUGCAUUUUCUGUCACCGAGUCAGCACGCGCAACUUUUGCCUCGUUUAACCCCAUCAUGUAGCGUGCACUGAACGAAACGGCAUCAACGGGACAUUUUUUGCGGUUUGCGGUUGAGGAGCGCGCGACGGGCUGAUCUGCGGGGUCCUGUGACCGGAGCGGAGCGGCGAUCAUGCUCCGGCCGUGGGCUGCGCACUGGAUUACAGCUGUGCUGCUCUGUCGGGCGGUGGCACAAUACUCCAGCGACCAGUGCAGCUGGCGAGGAAGUGGUCUGAGUCAUGAGUCCCAUCGUCGAGACGUGGAGCAGGUCUACCUGCGUUGCUCCCAGGGCUCCCUGGAGUGGCUCUAUCCCACAGGGGCCAUUAUUGUCAACCUGCGGCCAAACAUAGAGCCCACAUCAGGACGCAUGCCAGACCUCCACGCCUGCAUCAAGCCCCACACAGAAUCCCAGGGGGCCCUGGUGUAUCUGGAGCAGGCUGGGGAUCUGAUGCUGCUGUUGGGAGAGAAGGAGCAGGCUCAGGGCAUGGUGCAGUGCUUCAGCCUGGCAGAGGGGGCGCUCUUUGUGGAGGCAGUUUCACAGACUGACAUCAGCAGGAGGAUCACAGCUUUCCAAUAUGAGCUGGUGCCCAGCCAGGGGCCCGGGGCACACAUGUACCCAUACCUGCACCCCGGCAUAGUUGCCUGUAAACCAUGUUCAGAUGAAGAGGUCCUCAUGGCUGUGUGUACCAGUGACUUUGUGGGGAGUGGCUUCAUUCGAGGAGCAGAGGCGUCCUCCUCCUCCUCCUCAUCCUCUCCAGCAUCAGGUAUUAAGGACCACUCCUCUGUUGUGGUGACCCUGCGCCGGCUGUUCCGCCAGAAGAGCGGGGUGUUCGCCUGGGCUGGAGCCAGAGUUAGGGGCUGGUCUGGACGGGUCAAUAUGCCCCUGCAGUGCGGCGUGCAUCCUGGAGGAGAUGAGUACCUGUUGACAGGCCCGGUCCAUUUCGGCGAAGCCUGGCUGGGUUGCGCACCGCGCUACAAGGACUUCCUGAAGCUCUACACGGCAGCACAGGAAACAGGAACAAACCCCUGUCAAGUGGACACAGACUGAGAGAUCUCUGAUCCCACCGUGCUGCUGGGUAGGAAGAGGUGGAGCACUUCUCAAUAAAACACUGAAGGAGAUGCAGAGAGGAACAGGAUGAACACUGGCGGAUUCACCGACAUGGAUUAACUUUGCAGACUCUUAGCCAUGACAGGCAGUUAGUUGGGAGGGCCCUUUGUAAUAUUGUGCCUGUACGUUUGAUGCCCUUAUUGUUAUUGUUGCCUAUAGCAGCAGAAGAGACAUGUCCCCCCUAAACUCUCUUGGUCUUAAAAGUACUCAUUUGAUUGUGCUUGUGAAGUGUGCCUGUAAAUGUGAUGGCGUUUGACUUGGGUGGCUGAAUGAGGAGCUUUAAUGCUGUGCCUAUCUGGCUCAUGUUUAUAUUUUUACAAAUGUGUAUGAAAUGCUCGUGUGAUCAUUCUUGAAAUGAAAGUUUGCUUUGUAAAAAGCUUUUUUUUUGGUAAAAUUUAGAAGCCUUCUGACAGAAGUGUACAGUAUGAAGCUCUGUGAGUCCUUGUGUAUGAGUGAGUGAGUGUGUGUGUGUGUGUGUGUGUGUGUGUGUGUGUGUGUGCAUGUGUGCCUGUUUUUUUUUUUUGUUUUUUUUUUUGGCUGAUGAGUUGUAAAUGGUCUUUGUUUUUGCAGAUAAUAAAAAGCUGUCCUGGAGCCUGCAUUUCUAUGUGAUUCCUCUCACUUUCCCCAUCUCUCUCUGUGAAUGUGCUGUUAUGUACUGCACCUCAUGAGAUGGGAACGCCACAUUAUGAAUUGGUAACUAACUU